AAGCUGAGUAUGACAUUUCCUAUCUUUGAGACUCUGGAGGGAGGACGGGUCCAUGCCCCUGUUGAAUAUAAUCAGAUUAAGGAAUUAGCGGAAUCAGUUAGAAAGUAUGGAGUCACGGCCAACUUUACUCUAACACAACUCGACAGGUUGGCCAUGACAGCUUUGACACCAGCUGAUUGGCGGAUGAUUGCUAAGGCAGCCCUUGCCAGCAUGGGCCAAUACAUGGAAUGGAAAGCGCUCUGGUAUGAGGCAGCCCAAACACAGGCCAGAGCGAAUGCUACGGCCUUAAUACCUGAGCAACAGGAAUGGACUUUCGAACUCUUAACAGGACAGGGCCGCUUUGCAGCUGAUCAGUCUGCUUACCACUGGGGCGCCUAUGCUCAGGUCUCCAGCACGGCUAUUAGAGCCUGGAAGGCACUGUCCAGGAGAGGAGGGAUUGAUAAUCAACUUACAAAAAUCGUUCAGGGACCCCAGGAAAAUUUCUCAGAUUUUGUAGCUAGAAUGACAGAGGCUGCAGGACGAAUCUUUGGCGAUCCUGAACAAGCAGCACCGCUUAUAGAACAGCUCGUUUUCGAGCAAGCCACCCAGGAGUGCCGAGCAGCCAUAGCCCCCCGAAGAAAUAAAGGGCUACAGGAUUGGCUUAGAGUUUGCAGGGAACUUGGAGGGCCCCUUACUAACUCAGGCCUGGCGGCCGCCAUUCUCCAGUCCCAGCAACACCCCGUUAAAGGGACGGAUAAAAGAUCAUGCUUUCAAUGUGGGAAAACAGGCCAUCUAAAAAGAGACUGCAGGAUGACAAAAAGAGACAGGGGGUCUGCAACCCUCUGUGUCCGAUGUGGCAAAGGCUACCAUAGGGCUGACCAGUGCCGAUCAGUGAGAGACAUUAAAGGCAAACUACUCCCUCCUUUGGAGACUCGACCUAAUGAGAUGUCAAAAAACGGGCUGGUGGGCCCCCGGUCCCAGGGCCCUCAAAGAUAUGGGAACCGCUUUCACAGGGCCACGACCCCGGCAGAGGAGGUCCCCCAAGAGGCGACACAAAAUUGGACCUGCGUGCCGCCUCAGACUUCUUUCUAAUGCCCCAGAUGG